AUGUCGACAGAAGCGAUCCCAAACGAAGUCCUAGACUGCAUCCUCGACUACACGCUUACCAUUCCCACCACGACAUUCGAAGCUUGGCGCGAACAGCACACCUUCGCGACUACUCCUACUUAUGCUGCGUCAAUCGGCGCCGUCCUGGCAGUCUCAAAACGGUGGUACGACAUCGGCAUUCCCCUGCUGUACGAGUCCGCCAUCCUGCGCACCCGGGGCCAGGCCGAGGGAUUCGCACAGGCACUGCGCAACCCACGCCUAGGGCCACUCAAACUAGGCCUUCGCGUCCGCCGCUUGCGCAUCGAGAGCGGGUACAGCAGCCUCGCCAAGAUCCUGCAGGGCGUCCCCGGGGUCACCCAUCUCUUCCUCGGCCUCAAUCUCGUCAACACAGACACAACCCAAGGGCUCCAGCGGGCACUGAAGAAGAUCAACCCAUCACAACUAUUCUUGGAUCGCCUGCAGUGGUCGCACAAUCUGCAGUUCGAGCUCACGCUCCACAAGGCGCUCGCCGUCGCUCUGUCUGAAUGGACACACCUUAAACGCAUCGACACCAGCCCGGACACCGUCAUUUGGCCAGUCCUCCUCCAGCCGCUGAGCAAGGCGCCAGCGCUGGAGUAUGUGUGCCUCCCCGCGUCGACGGCGACGCACAACAUCGACGGUGACGUGUUGGAGGCGAUAUCGCGCAACCCCUGCGUGAAGAUAAUCCAUAUCCCGAAGGCGGACCACCGCAUCGUAGUAUCUGCACUGCAGGCGCGAACCGAUCGCGUACCAGAGAAGCUCCACAUCGGGAGUGGAAAGGAGUGCGCGCUAUGUGUCUCCGCUUUCGGGCAUCUCUCGCUGAUAUGA